AUGAUAUUUGGAAAAUCAAAUCCUGCACCUCCUCGUCUGAACAAUAAAAUACCCGAGACAAAAGCAAACUUAUUUUCAGAACUUACCUUUUGGUGGAUUAACGAUUUAAUGAGCUUAGGUUAUAAACGUCCUUUGGAAAAAGAUGAUCUAUUUGUUUUGAAUGACACAAGAACUGCUAAAAUUGUUACAGAUAAAUUUGAAGCAGAAUGGAGAAAAGAAGUUGAAAAAAUUGCGUUAGGAAAGAAACCAUCUUUAAUAAAAGCUCUAUAUAGAGUUUUGUGGGGUAGAUUUUGCUUGGCGGGUAUAGUUAGAUUUUUUAGUGAUAUAUUAGCAACUAUUUCACCUUUGAUUUUAAGGAUGGUUUCUAUGUUUUUGUUUAGCUUAUACUUUUAUUAUGUAAUGGAAACCGGUUUCCUCUCUCGUACUAUCCUCAUAACUGCUAUCUAUCGGAAAGCUUUAGUUUUAAGUGGAAAGGCUAGAAGCUUAUUUACUAAUGGAAAGAUCACUAAUCUAAUGUCUACUGAUACUACACGUAUAGACUUUGUGUGUGGUUACUUUCAUAUGAUUUGGGCCGCUCCUGUUCAAAUUUGUAUAAUAUUGAGUUUGUUAAUAUUUAAUAUUGGGUCAUCAGCAUUAGCUGGUUUUGCUUUAUUGGUGAUAUUGUUCCCUAUGCAAGGGAAGGUUAUGUCAUUAUUGGCACGUACUAGGGCUAAAGCCGCUGGUAUUGCUGAUGAACGAGUAAAAUUGACACAAGAAAUUUUGUUAGGGAUUAGAGUGAUUAAAUAUUAUGCUUGGGAAGAUAGUUUUGCAGAUGCUCUUAAUAAAUUAAGAAAUAAAGAGAUUAGUUUGGUUGGAUUUUUGUUAACUAUUAGAGCUGCCAUUACAGGUAUUUCAAUGGUCUUUCCAAUAUUUGCUAGUAUCCUAGCGUUUAUAACGUUUUCAUUGACAGGAGGAAACCUUGAUGUCGAUAUCGUAUUCUCUUCUUUAGCAUUAUUCAACCUUUUCCGAAUACCUUUAAUAUUCCUGCCAGUAGCUAUAGCUUCUAUUAGUGAUGCCUAUGUAUCAAUUAAUCGUAUAAAUGAUUUUUUGCAGGCUGAUGAGUUAUCAGUUUUACCGGGAAUCAAUCCGGACGAACAAUAUGCUAUUAAAGUUACUGAUGGUGAAUUUAUCUGGGAAAGUGCUACACCAGAAGAAGUUACUGAUGAUUCAAAAAAAGAAAGGAAAAAAGAAAAAAGGUCAGAAAAUCAUAAAAAAAGUGAUAAAAGUGAAAAUGAUUCUUCAUCUACUAUUAGUAACGAAAAGGCUCCAGACACCUCUACAGCUUUGACUCCUGCUGAUCUAGGUGAAAACUUUGAAAAUUCUCGUCCACUUUCUCCAAGGUCUCAACUUUUUAAUAUUAAUGUUUCAAUACCUCAUGGAAAGCUAAUUGCCAUUGUUGGUUCCGUAAGGUCUGGCAAAUCUUCAUUAUUGACAGCUCUGGUUGGUGAAAUGAAAAAAAUUAAAGGGGAGGUCUUAUUUGGAGGAAAUGUUGGGUAUUGUCCUCAAAGUGCGUGGAUUCAAAACGCUACACUUAGGGACAAUAUUACUUUUGGAUUACCUUUUGAUGAAGAAAAGUAUCGACAAGUGAUUAAAGAUUGUUGCCUAGAACAAGAUUUAAAAACAUUGCCUAAUGGUGACUUGACCGAAAUUGGAGAGAAAGGAAUUAAUUUAUCUGGAGGACAAAAGCAACGUGUCAACAUUGCAAGAGCUGUGUACUAUAAUGCAGAUAUCGUAUUAUUAGAUGAUCCAUUAUCGGCAGUUGAUGCACAUGUUGGCAAAUACAUAUUCACAAACUGUAUUCAAGGUGCACUUGCCAAAAAAACGCGUUUAUUUGUUACACAACAUUUACAUUAUCUGCCACAAGUCGACUGUGUAAUAUAUAUGGAAAACGGCAAAAUUGCUGAACAAGGAACUUAUGAAGAAUUAAUGAAUAAUGGGAAAUCAUUUUCGAAAUUGAUUGCUAAAUAUGGUGAAACCAAAAAUGAAUAUGAAAUAAAAAAUAAUGAAGAAUCAAUAUUGAAAGAAAAAGAUAAGACAUUUUAUUUGCCUAAGGAGUUAAUGUCAACAGAAGAACAAUACAGAGGGGCAGUAAAUAAUGAAAUAUAUUUGGCAUAUCUUAAGAAUGCGGGUGGAUUGUUAUCAAUACUAAUCAUUAUUUUCUUGCUUGUUAUGAUGCAAGGAACAAAUAUUGCAAAUAAUUUUUGGCUUUCGUUUUGGUCUAGCAACACGUUUGACCUUCCAAUAGGACUGUAUAUGGGUGUUUAUUGCGCAUGGGGAGCCAUUCAAGGGAUUUUUAGUAUUUUAUGUGGUGUUGCAUUCGCAUACAGCGGUGUCAAAGCAGCCAAAAGACUACAUAAUAAUGCGAUUAAACGUGUAUUAAGAGCACCAAUAAGUUUUUUUGAUACCACUCCUUUAGGAAGAAUUAUUAAUCGUGCUAUUGGAACUUUUAUUCUAAUCGAAGUGGUGUUUAAGUGGUUUAUUAUUCCGUUGGUUCCUUUGGCCAUACUUUAUUAUUUAGCGGCUCUUUUUUAUCGGGCAUCUAAUCGCGAGUUAAAGCGUCUUGGUUCAGUAUUAAGAUCUUCGUUAUAUGCUCAUUUUUCCGAGACACUUACAGGGCUGCCGAUUAUUCGCGCCUAUCGUGAACAAGAAAGAUUUUUGAG